CGUUAACCAUCAAGAUGGCGGCCCGGAUACACCAGUGAACACGUGAGGCAGUUUCAAAGAAGCAUUUUACUUUAGUGAGAAGUUUAUGUUGAAGAAAACAGCUUUAAAUCAGUAGCUCUAGCAAUGGAUCCAGUUAAGGCACAGAUGGUCGCGGAACUGGAAAUUGAAAUGAUGACAGACUUGUAUAACCGGUGAGUGAGGUGGAGGCAGUAAAGUAAGGCCUAAAUUUUACAUUAGAUUUUUCUAGAUUUUCAUUUACUGUUGUCAAGCCUUAGUUAUGUAUAAUAUACGAGCAAUAUGUUAAGUGUGCGGAAAAGACAUCACUGUAAAUCAGUGUCACACUAAGUGUCUGUCAACUGAAACUCAAGGUUGGGGUUCUUCUUACAGCUGUACAAGCUUUUAAGACGAAAUGGAGAACAGUGAGAGACAGGAAAUUAUGGCUUACAGAGGAAGGGAAACUGUAUCAUUAAAAGACAUCCUUGUACAUUUCCUUUCUUUGAAUGCAGACAAACCUCAACCCAUUUGACAAAAAACAUACACGUUUUAAGGGCUAUUCCCUUUUUCUAUACAUACCCUCUCCUUCCCCCACCCCCCUCACCGUUAUUGACGAAAUUUUCUGAAGAGGUAUUAAAAAGUGGAACUCCUGCAGGUUGUAGGACAGAAGAGAAGAUUUCUAUAGGGGAAGUAAAAGAAAAGCAGAUAUAUGUUUAUUAGCACAUUUUUCUGACUGCAUUUUUUAGGCUGAGAAUCUACUCAGUGUCUACUGCCAUCUUGCCCGGAUCAGCUAUGAUGCAACUAAUAGGAUGAAUCCCUCUAUUGACCAAGAUAAUUUCCCAGUGGUUUUCCAGUCAAACGUUCUUAUACCAUGCAUCUUUUUCAGGUUAACAGUAGCAUGUCAGAAGAAGUGUAUAUCCCCUAAGUACAAGGAAGGUGAUUUAACAAAAGGGGAGUCAGUGUGUUUAGAUCGGUGUGUUGCCAAGUAUUUGGAGAUUCAUGAUCGAAUUGGCAAGAAACUAACAGCAAUGUCCAUGCAGGAUGAAAAACUGAUGAGUCAGCUUCAAGGACAAGGGCAAUCUAGCCAGUAACCUUGCCAAAGGAAGAAAGUUUGAAAUUGAAAUACCAUUACUUAAAAUAGGGAAAUGAGUAAUGGUGAAUCUUGCAGCCACUGGAAACAUUAGAAGGGAAAUUCAAAACAAAACCAUUACAAGGAAACAGAAACAAUACAACUGGGAAGUGGAAGAUAUGGUCAUUAUAAAUUUGCCUAUACUAAAGAGACAAGGCAAGUGGAGUAUAAAAGCCAACAAGUCAGACAAGAAAUCCCUAUGGACACAGUUCAUUGUUGUGACCCUACAACAUUGAACAAUCCCACAAUUUGGAAAAUAUUUGUCAAAGGUUUGGGAUUUAACAACAUUGUAAGUGAAUAAAGCAAAAUACAGCGUUUGCCUUUUAAUCAAAUGUACACUAUUUGCCAUUGUGUAGUGUUGUUUAUGUUGGCCAAUGUCCCCAAGAGUAAAGAGUCAGCAUAGCUCUGAUGUCUUUUGCUAUCAUUCACGGUUCUUCAUUGUUGUAUACAAAAUGUUGUUGGAUUAAAAUAAGACUUUGCCAAAGUGUCAAUGUACUUACUUAAGAACAGGACCACCAUUUUUACAUGGUCACACCAGACACAUAGUGUGGGCAGCCACUCUUCCUAAGUUAAUUCAAGACCUUCAUGGUUCUUCCACUGACAUUAACCAUGGAGAGUAAAACCAUGUAAUUUUUCUUUCAUUACAUCAUUUUUUUUAUUUUCCUGUGACUAAAUUCUGGAUUAAUGUGACAAACUGAUUCUUUAGGGAUGGUUCCACCAGGUUUUGUCAUUAAAACAACAGCAGGCUGUACUUGUAAGCAUCACUGAACGAUGGCUCAGAACAGCUUGUUCAUGACAAUAAUUUUAUUAAUACAAAAUACAACCACAUCUACACUAAAUGAAAUACCAAAUGUUGCAUACCUCAUGUUAAACCUGCUUCUACAAAUGGCAAAAUGACUGAACAGGGCAUACAACACAAGUAUAGGAAAAUGGCAAAGGGCACCAAGUUGUGAGUGGAGGGCGCUUGGAAGGUAAUGUCAGCACGAAUCAAUGUGUGACAACCUUUUAUGUGGCAAACUAAUGGACAACUUUUCACAUGUUAAAACGUUUAUUUGUCACCAAAUUUGGCCAAAUUUUUUCACAUACACUGGUCAGCAAAUAGAAAUUGUCACAAAAGUUGUGUGGCUAAAAG